CUCCAAUUUACAAUAUCUAAUAUUGUAGCAUCUGGGUAAUCGCCACGUGUCUGUGAAAGCAGCCAGACAUGGGAAGAUGUGCUCAAAUGAUAAUAUUUCCAGCCAAUUUCCAGGUUUAAACUUAUCAUGCUGAUGGCAAUUGCAACUGUUCUUGUUCCCUUCCCAAUAUCUUAACCGCCUUUGAGUUUUGAUUCCCUUUGUAUUUAUUGUAUUUAUCCCCAGUCAUGGAAUGAAACUGCCAUUUUUGAUGUGUCACCCAUGCUCCUUCUCCUUCAUCAUCAUUAAAUAAUCGUAACAGUCAUCCAUUCAUUCACUCAAGAAUUAAUCAUGGAAGCAACUUCCUUACUUUCACUGUCUAGCUCCACUCUCUCUUCACUCCCUCCUGUUGUUCUUUCUUCUCGGAAUCUCAAUCACAGAGGUCUGUUCUCGUUGGCUGUGAGUUCACAGCGAUGCAACGCUGGCAUCAGUAGCAAGAGCUUGAAACUCCGCCCAAAGGCUAGUCCGAGAGGGAAUCUGGAGGCUACUGGAGUUCCAACUUCUGUGCCUGUUCGAGUGGCCCACGAGCUUCUUCAAGCUGGCCAUCGUUACUUGGAUGUCAGGACUCCUGAAGAGUUCAGUGCGGGGCAUGUCCCUGGGGCUGUUAAUGUCCCUUACAUGUACAGAGUUGGAUCAGGGAUGACAAAGAACCCAGAAUUCCUAAAGGAAGUGUCAGCUUAUUUCGGAAAAUACGAUGAAAUUCUUGUUGGGUGUGAACUUGGGAAAAGGUCUCUCAUGGCUGCUACAGAUCUUUUAGCUGCGGGUUUUACCGGCAUUACUGAUAUGGCUGGAGGGUAUGCUGCCUGGAGACAGACGGGACUCCCAACUGAACUUUGAUUCAUGGAUCUGGAAAUCGCUCUUUCUAUAUGAACUAUAACCUUGGUCUGAAACUGGUGAAUGUCCAGAAAAAAUCUUACAAAAAUGUACUUUCCGUACAACAGAGAUGGGUAAAUGUUGCAGAAAGUUUGUGUAAAGUUUGAAUCAAUAAUAAUAUAGUAGAUGAAUAAACAAGAUAUCACCAUUGCUCCCUUUUUUUUU